CCAGCUGGGGAGGGAGGAAGAGGUGAGAGCGGAGCUGCGAGGUCUGAGCCCGGGCUGCUUCUGCGAGUGAGGGAGACAGAGAUUGUGAAGCACCACGGAAAUGGCUGUUGCUGAGGCCGUGUCCCCGCUCGCUAACCUCACCUCUGGCAACCAGAGCAGCUGUAACGUGCACAACCACUACUUCUCUGCCAAAGUCACCUUCUCUCUCUUCUACACUGCCCUGCUGGUGUUCGGCUCAUGCGGAAACAUCCUGGCCCUCUGCAUCACCUUCCAGCGCAGGAAGAAGAAACUAAACUCCACCAACCUCUACCUGGUGAAUCUGGCCCUGUCUGAUGCCCUCUUCACCCUGGCGCUGCCGGGCAGGAUCACCUACUACAUCCUGGAGUUUGAUUGGCCCUUUGGGGAUUGGUUCUGCCGGGCUACAGCCUUCAUCUUCUACAUGAACACCUAUGUGGGCAUCUACUUCAUGACCUGUGUGAGUGUGGACCGCUACAUCGCUGUGGUGCGCACCAGGCACCCUGGCAGGAUCCGAAAGAUGAGUCGUGCCAGGGGCGUCUGCGUCCUCAUCUGGUUCCUAGUGUUCGUGCAGACGGCGCCGCUGCUUUUGCGGCCCAUGACACGGCGUAUGGGGGACAAGUUGACGUGCAUGGAGUACUUCAACUUUGAGGAGGUGCCCAAGCUGCCCUACCUGCUCUUGGGGGCCUGUGUGCUCGGCUUCUUCCUGCCCGUGGGCAUCAUCUUGGUGUGCUACGUACGGAUCAACCUCAAGCUCUGCCAGACGGCCAAGGAGAACCCACUGACAGUGAAGAAUGGGCACCACCGCCGGGCCUUCACUGUCAUCCUAGUAGUGUUGCUGGCUGUCCUGCUGUGCUUCAGCCCUUACCAUCUCAACAUCGUCCAGUUUAUGGUAAGGAAGAUCCUGUAUCAGCCAUCCUGCCGUGAGCAGCAAGCCUUCAAGAUGUCCCUGCAAGUCACUGUGGCGUUCAUGAACCUCAACUGCUGCAUUGACCCCAUCAUCUACUUCUUUGCUUUUCGAGGCUACAAGCGGAGGCUGCUCCGCAUCUUCAGGAACAGCGGCUCCAUGGCCACCUCCUCCACUGCCAAGACCCCAUCAGAGAGCAACAGCAACAGCCAGCCACCUGGCUCCGUGUCUGUCUAGUGGCACAACCCCCUCCCUUUCGCUCUGGGCUUCAGCUUAUGGACCAUCCCCUGUGGCAGCAGCCGGAACCCAGGCGCAGAGCAGGACCUGCACCUCCGACAGGCUUCAAUCGCCCUCCUGCCCGGAGCCAGGGGCUCUUGCCAGGCCAACUCUCCUCUCCGCUGGGGCAGAUUUCUGCUCUCCGAGGCACAGGGCCACUGGCCCUGCCCAGCUCUGCACACCUGGCUCCACGUUUGGCACUGCUGGACCCACUGUCCCCAUGCAUGGCAGGGCGGGAUGGAGCACGUUCUCAUCCAGCCCCCGAGGAGGCAGCUCAGGCAACGGCACCGGGUGGCAAAUGCGGCAGGGGGUUUCCCGGCGCCGCACCCUCCCACGCGUGUCCCACAUCCCCUGGGGCCCAUGGCUGCCGGUAACCACAGGGCUGGCGUGGCUCUCCCUGCAUCCUCCCCCUUCACCGCUCCCCAUAAUGCUGGGGCUGCAUCCCUGCGGGGCUUGGAGCCGCCAGCAUGGGCUGCGCAAGCUCAGGGUAGUCUGGGAAAAGGCUGGGAUGUUACUUCCAUGCAGAAAAGAUGGCUCUGCUGCCCAGAGCUCCCUCCUAGAGCUUACAAAUGCCAACAGCUCUCUACUCUGCCCCCACCCAGGGUCGGUGUCCUGCUGUAGCACCCAGGCGUGGUACGGGGUGAGUGCGAACCGUGAGCGGGGUGGGAGGUGCCAAUACAAUACUUUGCAGGGGAAGAUAAGCAAGGUAGUGAGUUUGCACAGCUCCUGGGAGUGUCACUGCCUGUAUUUGCUCUUUUGGCCGCUGCUCCUUCCCGAGGGGUGCCCUUCCCUGUAGCUCACGGUGCUGCGGUCUUGUGGGGACCUGCUGUCAAAGAGGGUGUAACAGGGCUCGCCUAGCUCACAGCUUCAGUGUAAGCCUGCAAAAGCACUUUGCGCUCAGCCUGGGGUUUCUGUUACUGGCUCCCCGUGCCCUUGCAGGUGCUGGGGAGGAGAUGCCUGGAAGAGUUGGGUUUGCUGGCCAGCACUUUCCAGGGAAGCCUUCAAACAGGUCGUGCUUAUAACUUGAAAUAAGUUGAGGACAGGUGACUGAACAUGGCCUUACGUAGCCUUAGCUGACCUUUGCUUGAACAUGAGGAGCUGCUGCCUGAGUCGGUGCGCAAGUCAGUUCAAGUGCCUUACUCAGGACAGGUUAUGUACAACCAGAGAGAGGGGGAGGAGCCGCGCGGUCUGGUUCUUGUCCAUGUUGGAAGUCAGGUGGCGAGGAGAAAUCCAGCAUGUCCAAGGACCUCUCCAACCCUUUUCCGUAAUCACCAAACUACGAGGCUUUCACCGAUGAGAAGCACACACACACAAUUAUGCAGUUCCUGGGAUGCCUGUUUUAUAUCUGACGUUGGAAGGAACAGAGGGACACACACAGAGAUUAAGAGGAGAAAAAACACCUUUAUUUUGCUUAAAAGUAAACGUUUCAUGAACUGACAUUUUUAAUUAAUAUAAAUCAUUCUAGAAGGUAAUAACCUUUUUUUAUUGCUAGAAGGUUAAUAAUACAGCCAUGUGCAGCCCUUUAUUGUUUAAAUGCACAUGAAUUAGCUUCUGGAUGAUGAUGGCUUUACCUUCUGCUUAGGUAACUAACAUCCCAAAGGCUGACUGAGAGGGACGCACAGAAUAACUUAGGUCCAUUCAGGAGGUUGACCUCCCUUUCAGAUUAUCUGAGCCCUACUCAAAGCCAGGCUAACUUCAGUGGACUGGACUGAAGAGAGCCUGUGUCCUCAAAAUCAUGUUACAAUGGACAAGGAAGAGCUGGUAUGCAGUAUUUAGGAGUAUCAAUGGUCCACACACUGUAAGGGAGCCUGGUUAGACCAGUGGUUACUGUGUAAUUAUGGUGCACUGCUGGAAAUUAUUCAAGAAACGUUGUCUGGAAGGGAUCUCUGUGCAUCCCCUAGUCCAACAUCCUACUCCAAGCAGGACCAUCACUGACACUAUAUCAGGUCAGCCAUGGCUUUGUCUAGCUGAAUCCUGAAAACCUGUGAGGAAGAAGACUCCAUCACCUCUCGGACUGACCCGCUUCAGUGCUGCAUCACCCUCCCAGUGAAAACAUUUCUCCUAAUGUCCAGUCUGAAGCCUCCAAUCCACAACUGGUGGCUGUUGCCCUGUUAUGUCAUCUGCUACUACCUAGAAGAGUUUGUCAUCUUUGUAACUCAAGUUCCUAUAGGAUUGUAAAGGUCUAACAUUAUAGGGGCUGCUGGAAGAACAAAAGGAAGUAUUACACAGCUAUAGCUCUUAAACAAGCCUCCACAUUAACACUGCAGCACAGUUCUACAG